AUGGACAAGAAUAGCGUCGUCGCCGAAUCAGGUGCCAACUCUGGCCUCACUAUCAACCUCCACCCCCUCGCUAUCCUCAACAUUAGCGAUCACUACACGCGCGUCAAGUGCACCGGGUCCACUGCGAAAAUGCUCGGCGCGAUCCUCGGUACCCAGAACGGGCGCGAUGUGUCGAUGCAGAAUUCGUUCGAGCUCACGCUCGACGAAAGCGACAGCACCAAGUUUGACGCGGCGUUCCUGGCGACGCGUCACGAGCUCUUUAGCCAGACAUUCCCUACUCUCAGCGUUGUGGGGUGGUACACCAUCGGUGCGGCGCCAACCCCAGGCGAUGUUGCGAUCCACGAGCAGUUUAUCAACGCCAACGAGUCGGGCCCUUCGUUCUUCGUCCUCUUCAACCCCGACAUCCCCGACGGUGCCAAGACACUCCCAUUCUCGGUGUACGAGGCGGCGCUCGAGGGCGAGAGCAGUGCUGGCAAGUUUGUGCGCCUCGAAUGCGGAAUCGAAACGGGCGAGGCAGAGCGCAUCGCCGUCGACGGUGUGAUCAAGGACGCGUCCGGCGAGGCGGACCAGACAGGCGAGGUCACCAGCCUCACUAUGCAGCGCAACGCCAUCGCAAUGCUGUACGACCGCGCUCUUGUACUGCUGAAAUACGUGUCGGGCGUCGUCGAUGGUUGGUUGCAGACACGAAAGCUCCUAAUUACCGCAGGUACUGCCAAGCCGGACCACGACAUCCUGCGCCAGAUCUCGGCGCUCGUCGCGACACUCCCAGUCAUGGACGUAAACGAGCUCCACACAGAACUCGAGACCGAGUACAACGACGUCCAGCUCACGACGUACCUCACCACUCUCCUACAGCAGCUUGAGGCCUUUGCAGACUACACGGACAAGCACCUGUCAUUGCAUGCCAGGGAUUCGGACGAUGUUAGUCUGGCUGCGCGCGCAUUGAAGGCCUCCUUCGGCUACUCGAACAGCGGAGGACAUGGACGCAUGCGUCGUGGCUCUCGCCGGUAA